GACCUGCGGUCUUUGGGGACGGACCUGGAGGGAUUACGGAGCCUGGUCCCGGCCCGCCGCUUCCGUUCUUCCUGGGCGUCCUCGAGCCUGUCGCUGCCUCUCUCUGACCCCAGUCUGGCAGAGGGCCGCCCUUGGGCGCUCGGGGUUCCCAGCAGUGCAGAAGGGGUGCGGUCUAACGUCCAAGAUACCUUGUUUAGUAUUUCCUCCGGAAGAACCCAGGCUCGGGGAAGUGAUGGCUGGGGUAGAGGGGGGGAGCGGUGAGAGGGCUUGGGGACCCAGUGUGGGAUCCACACCCAAGGUUAAGGGCGGCAGGGCUAGCCAGGCAGUGGUGACGCCAGUGCUUUUCUAACGUUUCUUAGCUUCCAGAGCCCAACAUAUAGAGCUGGUAAAAGCAGAGCAGAUCUGGUCAGGUCCUGAGACGCUGAGUCCAGAGCGAUGUUGCUGAAGACAGUGCUCUUGCUGGCCUUGGUGGCCCAGGUGCUGGUUCUGGAGAACGGGCUCCUGCGGAAGCCACCCAUGGGCUGGCUGGCCUGGGAACGCUUCCGCUGCAACACUGACUGUAACGAGGACCCAAAGAACUGCAUCAGUGAGCGGCUCUUCAUGGAGAUGGCUGACCGGCUGGCGCAGGAUGGAUGGCGGGACCUGGGCUAUGAAUACCUUAACAUCGAUGACUGCUGGAUUGGUGGACGUGAUGCCAAAGGCAACCUGGUGCCUGAUCCCAAGCGCUUCCCCAACGGCAUGGCCUUCCUGGCUGACUACGCUCAUUCCCUGGGCCUGAAACUGGGCAUCUACGCAGACAUGGGCAACUUCACCUGCAUGGGUUACCCAGGCACCACGCUAGACAAGGUGGUCCAGGAUGCUCAGACCUUCGCCAAGUGGAAGGUGGACAUGCUGAAGCUGGAUGGCUGCUUCUCAACCCCCGAGGAACGGGCCGAGGGGUACCCCAAGAUGGCUGCUGCCCUGAAUGCCACAGGCCGCCCCAUCGCCUUCUCCUGCAGUUGGCCAGCCUAUGAAGGGGGCCUCCCCCCAAAGGUGAACUACACCCUGCUGGCGGACAUCUGCAACCUCUGGCGCAACUAUGGCGACAUCCAGGACUCCUGGAGCAGCGUGCUCUCCAUCCUGGACUGGUUUGUGACCCACCAGGACAUUCUGCAGCCGGUGGCAGGCCCUGGGCACUGGAACGACCCAGACAUGUUGCUCAUUGGGAACUUUGGCCUCAGCUUCGAGCAAGCCCGGGCCCAGAUGGCCCUGUGGACGGUGCUGGCGGCCCCCCUCUUCAUGUCCACGGACCUGCGUACCAUCUCCGCCCAGAACAUGGACAUUCUGCAGAAUCCACUCAUGAUCAAAAUCAACCAGGACCCCUUAGGCAUCCAAGGACACAGGAUUCUCAAGUUGCAUUCAGUCGAAGUCUCUACUGGGAGCUGCUUCGACUGUCCCUCACUUGCCUGGGUAAGAGCAGGGCCAGAGCAGGACAGCUCGUGGGAUUUGGGGAAGGGAGCCAUCACCACACAUGCACACGGGAUCAGUGUGGCCCCUCGGUUUGGAACUACAAAACUUCUACACAAGUCUAUGAUGGCUGGCAGAGAAGUAGGGCUUGCCCUCAGAGUUUAGGAGUUGUUUGAGCCAUGGAGUACAGCUACUACUAGUACUAGUGUAGACUAGCUGUUGAGCACCUACUGUGUGCUAGACAUUCUAGAUACAUUUUCUCAGAAGGUCGAUGCUCCUUCCCCGUUUUACAAAUGAGGAAACUUAGACUUGAAGAGUCUCAGUAACUUUAUACCAAGGCCACACCGUUGGUAAGCGGCACAACAGGACGAGAUGCCGGUAGUGGCACCUCAAAGCUUGUGCUCGUUGCCCAGAUCCUUGCCUCUCUAGUAAAUCUACACCAAUAUAGAAAGCACCUGCUGAACUGGUGAUGCCCAGAGGCGAUAACUAAUCCUGCCAGAGGGGCGGAUGGUGGAGCCAGGCCCAGGGGCCUUCUGGAGGCUGUGGCUUCACCCUCCUGGCUGCUCAGGGCAGAGCUCAUCGUUCUAACUGGACGGUGCCCUCCAGUCCAGUGCCAGGGGCUGUCCACGUCUGUCUCUCCUGUUAUCCUGUAAGCUCUCUGAGGCGGGACCUCAUGCAGCAUUUAUCUGUGUCCUGGCGUGGGGCCUGGCACAGAGUAAGUGUCGGGGAGCGUCUGCUGAGUCAGGGAAGGAAGGAAGGAAGGUGGAGUUAGACGAGUUGCGUGCUGGAGGGCUGUGGUUUCCCCUCCAAGCUUCUGCCUGACACGGAACUGUGGGCUGGCGAGACCCAGAGCUCAAGGGCGGGUUGGGAAGGGAGCUUCAGGGCCUGCUGAGC